AUGUCUUCACAGCUUUCCAUGCUCGAUUUAACGAAAACAAACUUGGCGUCGAUCCCCAAUGACAUUCUAAAAUGGAGUCCACACCUAGAUCUUGUUGUUCUGUUCAUCAACCGGCUCUCCUUCAUCAAUGUGAGUUAUUGUGGAAUGGCCGACCAGGUAUACAUGGAUACUAAUCAAAUAAAACACCUUACAGCGGGAAAUUUCACCUUUGUGUGCAACACUAAUAUUCUAGAUCUUAGACAAAACCCAAUCCAAUCCGUAGACCCUGAUGUGAUCGCAUCAUUACAUGUUCGCUGUUUGAUGCUAGGUGGCUACCCUUUGAGUGACGAGGUGUUAACGAACAUCAUCCUCGGCAUCUCAAAAUCAGACAUCGAUAAGCUUAUAAUCCAGGAAGGCUCUGUCGGUGCGUUUCCUAAAGGUUUCUUUGAUCCACUGCGCGAUUCUUCUCUCUCUCUUCUGUACUUAGAAAAAAACAGACUUAAAAGCCUCCAUCCUUUAGUCUUCUCGAAUUUAACAAAACUCAAAGAAUUAGUUUUCUAUCAUAACGAACUCCCCAUCGAGAAAAUUCAACCAGACUUUUUCGAGGGCAUGAAGGCAUUAAAGGUACUAAUAAUCAACGACAACCAAAUAAAACAAAUAAAUCCUCAAAACCAGACUUGGACAGUUGACUUAUCGGAGUUAGACUUAUCCGGUAAUAUGAUUACAAACAUAUCUACAUCUGUAUUUCUGGGUUUAGGAAACUUAACUUUCUUAAACAUGAGCAAUAACAAACAACUUUCUAUCUUUGAGCUGAAGGCCUUUUCGGGACUUGACAAUAUUCAAACCAUUGAUUUGUCCGGAUGUCAGUUAUAUAGAAUUCUGGAAUUGAAUACCCCAAUAUUAAGAUCACUUUUCCUUAACUCUAUUAAUCCGUCAAACGACGGGGUUAGUAUCGGACCAGCCUCGUUUCAACAUUUACAUUCCCUUGUUAAUUUAGACAUGAAAAACUCUGGGCUUGACAUUUCGAAAAACAUAUGGAACGAAAACGCGUCUCUUUUCGAUGGAUUGUUGCAUCUUAAUCAUUUGGAUUUGAGUAGAAACCCUUUCCCGAGUUUUUUACCGCCAGGGAUAUUCCGGCAACUCUCCGUUUUACAAGAGCUAAAUCUAGAAUAUUGCCAAAUUGGAAAUCUACAUCCUCUUAUCUUCUCGGGGUUGGAAUCGCUUCAGAAGUUGAGUUUGAAAGGAAACAACAUCCAGCAUAUUCAUGACGAUGUAUUGUCGGGGUUGGGUCAAGUAAACAUUAUCGACUUUGAAGGAAACCAGAUCAUAUACUUGGAUGAGCUAAUGUUCUCAAAUAACCGGAAUCUCACAAAUCUUUCUUUGGCCGACAACAAAUUAACGCGCUUUAAUCAAAAGACUUUCAAGCCGAUCUUUUCCUCCAUUUCUUCACUUGAUCUAUCAAUGAACCCAAUUGAUUGUAACUGUGAUCUAAAGUGGCUUAUUGAUUGGAUAAAUAAACCUAUACACCUGAUAGACAAGGACAAAACUAUUUGUUCGUCAGAAUCUCUGGAGCCUUUUCGUGAGAAACCCCUGCUUGAUGUUGAUCCAAAUGAACUCUGUAUAAUAAAUGGUAUGUUGUUUCUGAUUCCCCUUGCCUCCAUUGGCUUGGUUGUAAUCAGCGUGAUGUUGUAUCACUACCGAUGGCAGUUGAGGUACAAACUCUUUCUCUUAAAACUGGCCGCAGUGGGCUAUAAAGAGAUGCGAGACGCUCGAGAACACAAUGACUACGAGUUUGACGUGAACAUCAUUUUCUACGACGAUGGCGAAGAUGACGAAGAAUGGAUUCGCGAACAGCUCCGACCGGCUCUCGGAGAACGGCUACCACAGUUUCAGAGGAACGUCUUCGGUGACGAAGACCUUGUAUUGGGUAUGCAUUAUUUAGAUUCCGUUGAUUACGUAGUUAGCCACAGUUACAAGACCAUCAUAGUGCUUAGCAGAGCUGCUGUGCAAGACCGCUGGUUCAUACUCAAGUUCCGGACGGCCAUGGACCACGUGAGUGACACUUUGACUGAAUUUGUAGUCGUGGUCUUCCUCGAAGACAUCCCAGAUGACGAAAUGCCAUUCUUGGCGCGGUUGUAUCUCAAUGAUGGCAGACCCUAUAUCCACUGGACUGAGGACGCAAGAAGACAAGAAUGUUUCUGGGAUGAAUUGACCAAAAAUCUGACCAUGAAUCUAAGGACAAAUGACUUGAUCCCAAACGAGUAG